GAUUGCCUUUUUCCCUGCUUCCCUGCCUUGGAGAUUUCUGAGGAAGCCUGAGUUUCUUCAUCUGUAUAUUGAGCUUCAAGAUGGUUCGUGCGAAGAGCUGGGUUCUGAAGAAACACUUUGAAGGCAGCCCUACUGAUAGUGACUUUGAACUGAAGACAGUUGAACUCCCACCCUUAAAAAAUGGAGAGGUUCUGCUGGAAGCUUUGUUCCUCACUGUGGAUCCUUACAUGAGAGUGGCAGCCAAAAGAUUGAAGGAGGGUGACAUGAUGAUGGGGCAACAAGUGUCCAGAGUUGUGGAAAGCAAAAACUCAGCUUUACCAACGGGAACAAUUGUCAUAGCUUUUUCAGGCUGGACAACGCACUCCAUUUCUAAUGGGAAGGGGCUGCAACAGCUGCCCGCAGAGUGGCCAGACAAGUUACCACUCUCCUUGGCUCUGGGAACAGUGGGCAUGACAGGCCUAACAGCCUACUUUGGCCUACUUGACAUCUGUGGUUUGAAGCGUGGAGAAACAGUGCUAGUUAAUGCAGCAGCAGGAGCAGUGGGCUCUGUUGUGGGACAGAUAGCUAAGAUCAAGGGCUGCAAAGUUGUUGGAUCAGCAGGGUCUGAUGAAAAGGUUGCCUAUCUUAAAAAAAUUGGAUUUGAUGUUGCCUUCAACUACAAGACAGUAGGCUCUUUAGAAGAAACUUUGAAAAAAGCCUCUCCUGAUGGUUAUGAAUGUUAUUUUGAUAAUGUAGGUGGAGAGUUUUCAAAUGUUGUUAUCCCCCAGAUGAAAAAAUUUGGAAGAAUUGCUAUAUGCGGGGCCAUCUCUACAUAUAACAGUACUCGGCCACUUCCCCCAGGCCCACCCCCAGAGGUUGUUAUCUACCAGGAACUCCGCAUGGAAGGGUUUGUCGUCACCCGCUGGCAAGGAGAGGCCCGCCAGAAGGCUCUGAACGACUUGCGGACAUGGGUCUGUGAGGGUAAAAUCCAGUACCAUGAAUACAUCAUUGAAGGAUUUGAAAACAUGCCAGCUGCAUUUAUGGGAAUGCUUAAAGGAGAUAAUUUAGGGAAAACCAUCGUGAAAGCAUGAAGAAAUAUCACAUGGAAUCUAGAAACAACAUUUGGAUGAUUUAUUUCUUUUUAACCAUUUAUCAAAAUGUUUACUGCUCUUACUAUCGAAGAAAUCAUCAUUGUAAUGAGUUUGAAAUAUACUUAAGCUAGUGACACUAUGAAAAUUUCAUGAUAAAUAAUUAGUCCCCACAUUGCCUACUACAGCUGCUUCUGGAUUAUGGUGGAGAAUGAUGGCUUUGGAGUUCAAAAGUUGAUCACCUCUGUGACCUUAGACUUUUGACUUUUCACCUGCUAAGUGAGAUAAGUAACAUCUGCUUCACAGUACAUGUUUAUUCAAAAUAUCACACAAUAGUUGGCAUAGAGUAGGUACUCAGUGAGUGUCAGCAGUGAGUGUCCCUGCAGAAGCCCAUGAAUUUGGAAUCAAAAGGUUACCAUCCUUAGUGCUUGUGACCAGAGAAAAAUAACCAUUCCCAAUGCCCAGAAUCUCAGGCAGCCCUCGCUGGCCCUCUGCAGAUAGAGCUAGUAACAUCAGACCCAGCAAGCAAUACAGCACUCACAACAGCGACCAAGAAGACAGCUCAUGGAAUAUUUGCAAGUGUAUAAAAAUGUGCAGGAUUUAUAUGAAGAAACCACUAAAACUUUACUAAGGAAGAGAGAAGAAGGCUUGAACAGUAUUUCAGAUUACUUUAAAUCUGCCAUGAAAUUAGAUUUCCUUGGAUGUUGAUAGCAUCGUCCACAAGUAGACACAACAGCAGACUACGCACUGAUCCAAGAAUAUGGCUUCUGCAGGCAUGUGAAAUUUUAUGAUUCAGGCAUUCUGGGUUCGUUCUGUAAAUGGACAUACAUCCCAGGCACAGAAUCUUGUCUGUGAAAUCUCCAUAGUAAAGUGACAGUCAACAUACACAGACAUCCCGGAUGAGGAGCAAGGCAGGAGAGCACCACUCAGAGCAAAUCAUCAGUCCUAUAGGAGAAGGUAAACAAGAGGUCUGGAGUCCCUAGUUUUAAGAUAGUAAAAAAAACUGCCUUCUUCUCCACUGGGAAAUCACCCAAAACAGCACAGAGUAUAAGAAAUAAAAAAUGCAAACUUCAUUUUUAAAAAAUGUAGAGGAACCUGCAGAAUGAUUAUUUUUUGAAUAGACAAGCACUAACAAGUGAUGAAAAAUUGACUAUCAGUUGACUCAUCCAUAGCUGGUGAAGAUGUAGCUGCUUUGAAAAGAGUUUGGCAAUACCUCGAAGUAUUAAACAUAGAAUCAGAAUUUUACUCAACAGGUAUAUGUACACCUAUACCUAACAGAACAGAAACACUCAUAUAACAACUUGUACACAGCUUUCACAGCAUCAUUCACAAGAACCAAAACAAGGAACAGGGCCUCUUUGGUGGCACAAGGGGUUAAGUCUCAGCACUGAAGCUAUCAGAAGCCACUGCAGCAGGAG